AUGGCUCGCUCCAUGCUCCAUCGCCUCGAAGACCUCUGCAACGUCGACGUCGACAGCACUGAUACGGAGCUCAUCAAGAGCAUCCCCUUUACACCUCACAACCAAACAUCCAACCAAGCCAUCAUCACAACCGCACUCCUAGCCGAUGAACCACUACUCAAAGACCUCGUCAGACAAUACGGCUCCCAGGGAUGGGAACGAGUCUACGACCAAGCCGCCAUCUCCCUCACAGCCCGCAACGUCCCCCUCCUCUCCGGCCGCGUCCUCAUCCAAACCUCCCUCCGCCACAUCUCCUCCUCCUCCGCCACCAUCGCCCACGCCCGCGCCCUCGCCUCCCUCUACCAGCAGGCCGGCGUCUCCCGCGACCGCUUCGCCAUCAAGAUCCCCUUCUCCGGCCCCGCCGCCGCCGCCGCCAAGGUCCUCAACCAGGAGGGCAUCCGCACCCUCGCCACCAGCGUCUUUUCGCUCGAGCAGGGGAUUGCGGCGAGCCAGAGCGGGUGUCUCUUCAUUAGCCCUUAUUACAACGAAAUCGCCGCGCAUCUAGACUCUUCUCUGCGUCUCGCUUUCGAAGAUCCCGCUCUCGAGCACCCCAUGUCCCCUCGUGUCAUCCACAUCCUCGAGGCCUUCGCCAAACAAUACCGAGAAACCGGCAAAGAACAACCUAUCAUGAUCAUUGCAAGCCUCCCCUUUGACCAAAACAGCCACUUCACUCCCGCCGAAAUCAUGGCCAUGGCCGAGCUCGGCUGCCCCCACGUCACCAUCCCGCCGCACCUCAUCAAAACUCUCCUCGAAACCCCCGACCAACAGCCUCCCCUCACGACCAAGAAGCCCAAGAGCGGCUAUGCCGAAUUCGCUACCGUGCAGCGACUCACAAAGCUGUCCACCAUCGACCCCUUUGCUCGUCCGGACUGGGACGGCAAGCUGGCGGAUAUGCAGACCGAUUACGUUGCCAACGACGGCGAGAAGCUCGAUGAGGCAAUCAGAAACGACCCCAUCACGGCGAAGAGGUUGAAGGAUGUCGAGAUAUUCUUCAUCGACAUGGAGAACAAGGCGAAAGAGGCCAUUGAGAAAGAGAUUGCCGCACAAGGUUUGUAG